GGCUGAUGUACUAAAAGUAUACAUUUUAGAUCGAGCAUUUCCGUCUAAACAAGCCAACGUGUGUGACAGAUAACUGAACCAAUUCAACAUGGCAACAAAUUCACAACAGUCAGUACAGGCGUUACCUAUUGAUAUUCAUUACAACAAAUUACUUGAUUGGCUGAUUAACAGAAGACACUGUGACCAACAAUGGCAAAAGACAGCAGCUCAAAUCAGAGAGAAAAUAAACACAGCAAUACAGGACAUGCCUCCUGUUACAGAAAUCACACAGCUAUUACAGGGGUCUUAUAUAAAUUACUUUCACUGCCAACAAAUUGUGGAGUUAUUGAAGGACACAGACUUUGGUAAAAAAAAUAUGAUUGGACAGUACUCCUCACAGAAGAUGAAGGAUUGGAUGGAAAUAAUUAAAAUGUAUGAAACAGAUGGUGUUUACUUAGCUGAAACAGCACAGAUGAUGGCCAGAAAUGUGAACUAUGAAAUACCUGCUAUGAAAAAGCAGAUUUCGAAAUGUCAACAAUUACAAAAGGAAUGUGACAGAAAAGAAGCAGAUUAUGCUUCCAAAUCCACUGACCUGAAAAAGAAGUAUGAUUCUAAAUGCAAGGAACUUGGAAUUCAGGGAAAGAAGAUCAAAUCAGAGCUAGCUGCUCUUGUUGAAGAUCUACCUAAAACAUUUGAUAAAAUAUGUGAUUCUACGAGUGGAUUGACGCUAGCAACAGAUUUCUACAAAGAUUUUGUUCAGUUUUUAACAAAUGAGGAUCCUGGAGAAAAUAAUUUACCUAUGUUAAAACAUAUCAUCAAAAAUGGCAAUACUACAACAUAUGAAUGGCGGACAGGAACAAAACCUGAGAAAAUUGACUGUACAAAACUUUUCAUAGAUACCACAGAUGAACAGGAUCCUUUGACAGACUCUGCAGAUAUUGACUGGGGUGCUGUUGGUGAGGCUGGUGAUGGUAAUAUUGCUGACAUUGAUUUUGUUGAUGAUAUAAACUUAGACUUGUCAGAAAUUACAUUAGAAACGGGAGGAAACGUAGAGGGAACAGAAAAUCAGGAUGCCAUAGAUUUCAGUGUUGUAGAACCAGACAAAGACAGUAAUGGAAUAGACUAUAGUGACCUAGUUAUUGUAGAGCAUGCAGAAGAUGGAGUGGCAAAGGGAGAAGAUGCUUUAUCAUUAUUAGAUAAUCCUAAAACAAGAGCUAUGUUCUUAGAUGAUCUAUUAGAGUUAGAAGCAUUUUUGGUUCAAAGGCUGGAGGAAAUGAAGGAAGAAGGAAAUUUUUUAUCCAGCAGUCAAUUUCAGUCAGCUCCAUCAUCACUACAAGUAACAAGAGAGACGGUAGAAGGCAUGCUGAUAAAGGUCAAGGACAUUUAUAGUCAAUUGACAACUGUGAAGAUGCAUCAUUUAAUGUUGAUAAGAAACUCACCAAGAUAUGUAGACAGAUUGAGAGAUGAUUUGAAACAGAUAUUAACUUUAGCAGAUAAAAUGACUUUCCAUGAAAAGGAAAUGGUAGUGAAGAAAGAGGAAGCAAUACAAGAACAGACAGAAAUACAACCUAAGUUAGAUAUGAUUAUAAAGAAAACAAAAGAAGUGCAGAAACAGAUGGAAACCGAAAUAUCAAAGAAAUAUAAAGACAGGAAUGUGAACAUUAUGGGAGAAAUUAAUACUGUAUGAUACAUGGCCAUGACAGAAUUAUGACAAUUAUGAGAUAAAUCAAUACCAUAUGAUACACAACCAUAUAGAGAUUGUACGGUGUUCAUUUGCAGAGAAAUCAAUACAAUAUCGUACAUGACAACAU